ACCUCUUCUGCAGUAGGAAGUCGGGCUGCAGUUGCUAGGUGCUCGCGUGUUUCAACUCUGUUCGGCUGUAGUAAACAGUCCGUGACUACACGGAGCAGCUGUGCACAGAGAGCAACACAGCUUGUUAACAUACAUGCAUGUAAGGACACUGAUUCGGACGAAAGCUCGAGUAGACCGCGAAAAUAUCUUUGAGAAACAAUUGCUACUGCGUGUGUGCUGAAAUGAGGGUUGUCGGCUGACAGAGGGCAGUCUACUUUUUCUGCGUGUUUCACUGUAUCAAAACGCUGCCAGAUUCUGAAAUGCAUGUCCAGGGGUGACUGAGUAUCAUUAGUUAUUGAACAAGACAUAGGUCCUCUCUGUCAACCAUGAGUGCACUCAUGGAGCCAGGCGACGUCCACACCAUUGCCCCCGAGAUGCCAGCCAUGUUUGAUGGCAUGAAGCUGGCUGCCAUCGCAACGGUGCUCUAUUUCCUUGUGCGCUGUCUGAAUCUGAAGAGUCCCACGGCUCCGCCUGACAUCACCUAUCGGGACACGCCCCUCAACCGCUAUGUGCUCAAGUCCUGCCCCAUCCUGACCAAAGAGUACGAACCACCGCUGCUGUGGGGGAAGAGUGGACACCUCCAGACUGCCCUGUAUGGGAAGAUGGGGCGUGUCAGCUCCCCAAACCCCUGUGGGGUGCGCAAGUACCUCCUCAUGCAGGAUGGGGCCACUGCCACCUUUGACCUCUUCGAGUCGCUGGGGGACCACCGCACUGGAGAUGACAUCACCAUGGUGAUCUGCCCAGGGAUUGGUAACCACAGUGAGAAGCACUACAUCCGUACCUUUGUGAAUCACUCCCAGAGGCAGGGGUACAGGUGUGCUGUUCUCAACCAUCUGGGGUCCCUGCCCAACAUCGAGCUCACCUCGCCGCGCAUGUUCACCUACGGUUGUACAUGGGAGUUUGCAGCCAUGGUGGGUUCCAUCAAGGGGGCCUUCCCCCAGACACUGCUCAUUGUGGUGGGCUUCAGCCUAGGGGGGAACAUUGUGUGUAAGUUCCUGGGGGAGAACAGGAUCAACCAGGAGAGAGUGCUGUGCUGCGUCAGUGUCUGCCAGGGAUACAGCGCACUCCGGGCCCAGAAGACGUUCCUACAGUGGGACCAGUGUCGGAGGCUCUAUAACUUUCUCAUGGCAGACAACAUGAAGAAGAUAAUCCUCUCCCACCGGGGCAGUUUGUUUGGAAUGAACUCGAGCAAGAUGGAGGACGCAGACCUGAGCCGACUGUACACAGCUACCUCCCUCAUGCAGAUCGAUGACAAUAUCAUGAGAAAGUUCCAUGGUCACGACACGCUGAAAGAGUACUACGAGAAGGAAAGCUGCGUACACUACAUUCACAAUAUCAAUGUGCCUCUACUGCUGGUCAACUCCUCAGAUGACCCUCUGGUCCAUCGGUCACUUCUGACCAUCCCACGCACACUCGCAGAAAAGAAGCCGAAUGUGAUCUUCGCCCUGACGCUCCACGGGGGUCACCUGGGCUUCUUCGAGGGGGCUGUGCUGUUUCCCCAGCCCCUCACCUGGAUGGACAAGGUUAUCGUGGGCUAUGCCAACGCAAUAUGCCGGUGGGAAAGACACAGACCGCCCUGCCUGAGGACACGUCGUGGACUCUGUUCACAGGCCGACGGGACUCCUAGUUUAUAAGGACACAUACGCCCACCGGAGAAGGCCGAAACCUGUAUUCUUCUCUUCAAAAGGGGGACGGGGAUGAUCUAUGGGCACAGUAGCUCGCCUGACUUUGUUCUGACUAUAGCUUUGCUUAGAGAAACACAGCAUUCAGCUGCGAAUGACAUUCAUUGAAAGCCUUUACCCAUGGACUCCAGUCAGUCGAAUGGAUGGCACUUGCUCCUCUAAACGUGGAUACACAGUGUAUCCUGCACCUGCUGGUGAACAGCUACAAGACUCCACCAUGGCUUAUUUAUUGCUCCGUUCUAUCCAUGGAAAAGACUGGAGAGGAGACUUAGCUUCUGUGUGCAAAGUCCCAGCCAGCACCCCUUGGUUCUCACUUGGGUUGCUACUUGGUCCCGACUCUCCUAACUGUUUGUUCCGAGUGUGUGUACUGUUGUCGUGAUGUUGUCAAAUGGGAGCUCUGGGAGGUUGAAACUCUGAAGGCUUUUGUUAAGCAGAGAAAUAGAAUUCCUAGAACAGACAUUUUAUUUCUAUGUUAAGCUUCUUUAGCUCUUUUUAAUAAUUGGGGCCAGGGUCAAAAUCUGGUCUGGCCUCUAGUUCUAGGCUAAUAGGCAAUACUUUCCUGGUCAGGUCAUCGUCUGAGGAAAAACUCCAAUCUGGCCCUAGUGAUAAUAUAUUUUGUCUUCACAUUGUGCCUCAAACAUAAACAUAUAAAAUAAAAAUAUUUCAAACCAAGAAAGGAUGGCAAUGGUUUAAAGUACUUCAUUACUAUUUUCAAUACGCAGACAUAGUGUUCAAGGAUAUCUGACAUUCUGAGGAAGCACCCAAUCCUACCCAGAACACAUUAAUGACAAGUUCCCUUGUCCUGUACUGUAUUCUUGGUGGAACAGCCUCUGCUAUUCUCACUGGUUGGCUUGCACUACACAGCACUCCACUUCUGAGACUCAAAUACAUAGAUUUUUAUAUAUUGUAACUUGAGUUGUGAGUAUAGGAAUAUUUCUGACCUUUUCUAAGUAGUUGAUUCUUACAAGCCGAGUGCACUGACUAAAGUCCUUAAUCACAGCCACUGUGAGGCAAGGGUCCACUGUGCUAUUUCAGUCAUUCAGUUGGUUUGCCUGAGUAGCCAAUGUUCAAUGGUACAAUGUCAAUGACACUUUAUUCUGGCAUGCACGUUUUGGAGAUUUCACUGUAGGACCAAUGGAAUGGUCUAAAAUGAGCAAACUCCACCCACCUGGGGCAACAAGCGCACCCACCAUUGAGCAUUGGUUAUUUGAGUUGAUUGAUUGAACCAAAUAGGGAACUGAUUGUCAAGGUUUGCCAUGAACAUUGUGUGUCUACCUGAAUCAUUGAACUCACCCAACGGCGAAGAUGAAAAUUGAAGCCACGUUUAGGUUUGUUGCUGUUGUGAAAUAAUAUAUAGGUAUGCGCUACAGAUGUAGACCCCAGUUGUCCUCAAUUGAAAUACCAAAACACCAUGUGACUUGGUCUUCUUCCUUAUAUGGGCAAAGCCCCAUGCUUUAUUAUUUUUUUUUUUAUAAACACAGAAGGUUUUCGCUGUUCUUUUUAAGAGAUAUUUGUUGGAAACUGUUUAAAAAAUAAUUUUAAAAUUCUGUGGUUUCUGAGAUGUAGAGCACAGACUAAGUUGGCCUAAAUACUCUGGUCGAGAUUCAGUCCAAGGUGCAUUGUAGACAAACGCACUUCCUUUUUUGAGGGUAAUUUUGACCUGACUUCUGAAUGUGAUCUCUACACGUGUCAGGGAAUUUGGGGUUAUGUUGAUCAGUGCAGUGCGUUUGUCGACAAUGCGCCUUUGAUUGAAUCCCGGGUUCUGUCUUUUUAUUUGCGCUAGUCUGUAUUCUAUUCCAUGUAUAAAAAUGGACCAAGUUACUGUGAUAUCAUUGGGUAGAUGAGAGAAGAGUUGCUGGACUAGGAGCCUUGCAGAGAGAACUAAGGUCAUAACUUCCACUAUUUAUCCCUAUGGAAUUCAUCCUUUGUUUCCCUUAUAUUUUGUUUACAACCCCUAUAGAUGUACAAUGCUGUUCAGUCAUUAUAAUGUAGAAUCACAACUUGGCGUGAUGUAUAAAGUAAUCGUGUGUGUUUUGGUUCCGAUAAGGGUGUGCAAAACGCAAUACAUUUAUGGGGGGGGGACUUUGAACUUGUAUCCUUGAAAUACACUAUUUUGUUGUGGA